AUGUCUCGGCAGCCCGAGUCUGGCAAUUUGCUAGACGAUGUGGAACAACUCCCGGACGACGAUGGCGACCGCGGCUACGAUCUCCAGCAAAAGGCUAUCCAACAAGAACAGCCGGUUCCAAGCAAAUCAGUUGCCAGCACCGUCGCAAUCCACCCCGUGUCGAGUCCAGAGCACCCUUCCGAGAAAACGAACGAGUCCGAGUCAGAGCCAAGCUCGUCACCAGAUGCUCCAGCUCUACAACGGCAUGAUGGCGACGUGUGGUCGCCUGGAUUCUGGAAACAGUUCCCUUAUCGAGCUGCCUUGGCUCUUCUUAGCUGUUUAGCUUUCAUAAUCGCCUCGAUUGUAGUUCUUGUCAAGUCGGACGACCAGCCUACUUCCGCUUGGACUGUGUCCCCGACUGUGUAUCUCGCGCUCUUCAUGUCGGGGACCAAUAUGCUCGCGCGUUUUGCGUUCAGCGAGGGCGUGAAGAUAGCGUGGUGGUGCAAAGCGCUCCGGGGAGGCACAAUUACGGACCUGCAUAAUCAUUGGGAUCAUGCUGAUGGCAUUUUGCCUGCUCUAUUCUCUGGUCGACAAUUUAGUCUCGUGGCGUUGGGAACCAUUGCUGUGACCGUCAUGGUCAUCGACCAGCCUUUGAUCCAAAGAGCCUCAAGCGUCAUUACUAUCCCGAGAACGUUCCCGGUCAAUGUAACGGCUCCAAUCGCACCCGAGGUUCCUUGGGGUUUUACGGGGUAUCAAAUCGGCCGCCGCACUACCGACCAAGUCAUGACACAGCACAUGAUCUCCGCCUUCAACGACCACAACAGCCAGGCUCCCAUAUUCACCGGCUUCUCGGGCUGUAACGAUACCUGCACAGGCUAUGUUGACGCUGGUGGGCUUUCAGCCAAGUGCAACACGACCAGCGGACCGAUAAUGUACAACAUGUACGACUACCUGGGCAAAACCGUCUCUCCGUUCAGCGUCAACUUUGGCCUUAAACCCAGUCGUGUCAACGCUUCCAGCCAGAUGGUCUUAAACGUCGCCUAUACUGACAAUAGCGACGGCAGCUCCUGUUCUGGCAUCCGGACAGAGAGAACUUGCUACUUGGUGCCUGCCACCUUGCGGUACCCGGUCAAACUCACCGGAAAUAUUCUCACAAUCGGGGACAUACUUGGUAAUGGCACAACACAGUCAUUCCAGCCGACGCCGCCCAUGAUCGGCGUGGACGGUGGUGGCGACUUCUCGACCUGGACCCUGGGCGGCAUGUACAUCGCAGCCAACAGCCUCUUCUCCGCCAACGCGACCUAUAUCUUUGGCGGCGGAAACGGCAUCUACAUGGCCCUGCCAGACACUCUCUCUAACCAAUUCAUCAACUUCGCACCGCAAAACCUCUCCGGCCUCGAAGACAGUCAGAAGAUCACCGUCCCCAGCGCCUGCGGCUCAAACUGGACAGACCCGACCUCGUAUAUCCUCUCCUCUCUCAACAUGAUGGCCUUCCGGAUCUCUCUGCCCGCGGCAGGCUUUCCUUUCCGCAACACAAGCUCCCCUCCCGCCCCGCAGUUCCUUGUGAUGGAACAAGCUAGCAACUUCAAUGUGCACCGCUCCGACUACCGCUUUCUCAUCGCAAGCACGCUUCUGACGACCGUAUUCGUCGUACUCAUCACACCCAUGUUCAUCGGGUGGUGGGAGCUAGGACGCGACGUGACGCUGAAUCCGAUGGAGACCGCCAAAGCGUUUGACGCCCCGCUAUUGCGUGGACCGGGUUCGAAUGCGCCGUUGCCGGAGUUGCUCAAGAGUAUGGCGACGCGACGAGUGCGAUUUGGGGAGGUGGAGAGCUAUGCUGCUGGGCCGAUGGUGAGCAGACAGUUGAAGCUUGCGGAUCCGGUUGAGGUUACGACGCCCAGAUCUGGGGUGGCGUAUGCAUAA